AUGGCAACAGCAAAUAGCAAGCAGCAACAAGUGCAGAGGAAACAAACAGCAGGCAUUGCAACAGAGAACGAGGCUGCCGCCGAGGAUCCAAAUCGGAGAUCGGUGAGUUUGUGUGUGAAAAAGGAAAUUUUGAAGGUAUUCUAUAUGGCCUAUAUUGUUGAUGCAGCUGGUACUAUUGUGGGGUCAGCAUUAGGUGUUACAACAACUGCAACAUUUGUGGAAUCAUCAGCUGGGAUGAGAGAAGGGGGUAGGACAGGAUUAACAGCUGUGAUUAUUGGUUUGUUUUUCUUCUUGUCAUUGUUUUUCACUCCUCUUUUCUCAAGUGUUCCUCCAUGGGCUAUAGGUCCUUCACUUGUGAUGGUUGGGGUAAUGAUGAUGAAAGUUGUGAAGGAUAUUGACUGGACAAAUAUAAAGGAGGCUGUUCCUGCUUUUGCUAUAAUGCUUCUUAUGCCUCUAACAUAUUCCAUAUAUCAAAUGGGAUUGUUGCUGGUAUUGGACUUUAUGUUUCUUUUAGUCUUUUUGACUAUGCUGCACUGCAAGUAUCAUAAAUUGGUUGGGGGAAAUGAGAAGAAUCGUGAUUAA